GGAAGCCGUGAUACGGCCCGCGGUUCAGUUUGUUGCAAUGAUCGACACCGAUCGGAUCGAGGCGAUCAUGGAUUUGGGCAGCUUCGAACAAUCGUCGGACGAUUUCCUGGCCAACGGAUUCUACCAUCUGUACACCGAGCUGCAGGACGAUCGGGACAUUGCGUUGGCCCUAGCGGAACUAACGUGCCCCACGACCCAAACCUCGGAGCUCGAAGAAGAUACAGUGCAUCCUUGUCCAGCAGCAACCGAUCUACCGUCAUUAAACUCACUUGAACUUCUGCCUACGCCCAAUGGCGGCGAAGUGGAUGGGCUGGAGCUGGAGCUGAACGUAGAAGAUUUCAUUCUCGAGUACAACUGCGUAAAUUUUAGUCAACUGUGGGAAAACGAGUUACGACUGCCGGAAAACACUUACCUCUGUGAUGAUUCCUGUGAAGCGUUUAUCCGACAAUUGGAUCCACAUGAAGAUAAAGCGGCGCCCGCAACGGGUGAAAUCACACAAUCGGAGCUCGUGUCCCAAACGCUACCUGCGGCCGUGUCGUCCAGCAUACAGCAACCGUGUGAAGCCGAACCCGACUCGACCGGGACGUUCGUUUGUCCGUUUGAAAGUUGCCGCAAAGUGUACGCCAAACCGGUGCAUUUGAAAGCCCAUCUCCGCCGGCACGUAGGCGAUAAGCCGUAUCACUGCAAGUGGCUAGGAUGUCAGUGGCGAUUUUCGCGGUCGGACGAACUGUCGCGUCACUUCCGGUCCCAUUCGGGAGUGAAACCGUACCGGUGUGAGUACUGCCCAAAGUGUUUCUCCCGAUCGGACCAUUUAGCCAAGCACCGGAAAGUCCACGAGCGUAAGAUGAGCGUGGGCACGGCGGGGAAGUUGAAGAGUGGUGUCGGUGCAUUCGUUGGAGUUGCGCCGGCAAGAGGACGACCAGGCCGGAAACCGAAACAGGCCGCAGUGAAACGAUCUUGCCCCGUCAUAGCGGCACAUUGCACACCAAACAAACGAAGCGCAAUGGAUAACGCACGGAAACAGGCGACCAGCACGGCGACGGCCACGAGUGAUUCUAGCAUGGCCCUUAUCGAUUUCAAGAAGAUUUGUCGCAUCUGCGGAAAAUCGGAGGAUACGCUCACCUCGGUACAUUCCCGCUAUCAGAACGACCUACGGGGCAAAAUAGCUAAAUAUCUUAACAUUGAUGUCGAGGAAAAUGACACACUUCCCACGAAAAUUUGCUUUUGCUGUAAGGAUAUCAUUACCAAGUGGCAUGAUUUGUUUGAGAAGUGCCGUGUGAUGGACGAACGGUUUGCAUCGAUAGUGAAAUCACGCGAAGAGCAACUCCACAAGGAAUUGACGGUGGAUGGUGAGAAUGAAGAGUUCAACGAGAAGAAUGGUCGAUCAUCGCUGGAAAAUGAUGAAUCUAAUGGUAGACUUGCCAGUACUGCUAAUGCCCCAACAAAGGAAUCAGCUGCAUCUCCUCCUGAUCAACAAUCGAAGAAAAGUCAAAAAUCUGCUGCAAAACCUAGAGCUGUUAUUUGCACGUUUUGUCAAACGAAUGCUACCACAAACGGUAACACACGAUACGAUUCUCAAUCUGCGCUCGUGGAUCAUAUGAAAGAGCAACACUGGGAUCAGAUAUUUCAUUGUGAGCAGUGCGACAACUAUCUGGAUCGGGCUAUCCUAAUCGAGCACAUGACGAUGCACGCCCUGAGCUUGCUUCAACCCGGCUCGGCUACUGAAGGAACGGAACAGGAGCCAGACAGCUUGGCAUCCGGCUCGGGGCUGGGAGAGGACGAACCGGAAGGCGAAAUGGAAGAAGCCGAAGGUAGCCAGCAAACGACGGAGCUAAAAUCUGGAGAGGGUAGCACGAACAAAGAGAACGACGAAAAAGAUGUGGCUAGCGCUGCCCCUGAUCCGAUCAAAGCCGUGGAAGGGCGCAAUCUGUACUGCUACAUAUGUGAGAAAACGCUCGGAAAUCGUAGCGCCUAUUCAUACCACGUUAAUCAGGUGCAUCUAAACAUCAAAAAGUUCGAUUGCACAUUCUGUGAGAAAAAGUUCGGCAACCAGCGACUGCUGAACAACCACAUUGCCAAUUUGCACUCGCGGGAACGAAACUUCGGCUGCACCGUGUGUGAUAAGCGCUUCAAGACGAACGUCGCCCUGUACAACCACAUGCGGGUGCAUGACGAUAAGCUGCAGUUCAGCUGCCGGUUUUGCGACAAAAAGUUUCGGUUCCGGAAUCAUCUGGUCAGCCACGAGCUGGUCCACCUGGAUGAGCGGAGUUUCUCCUGCAACCAGUGCGAAAAGAAGUUCAACACGGCGGAAUGUCUGCAGAAGCACAAACUAACGCACGUUACGACGGAACCAUUCCAGUGUCCACUGUGCGGUUUUAGCACGAAGCAAAAGCGCUAUCUGGUGCUGCAUGCGAAGCGCAUUCACAUGGUGCGAUAGAUUACGGGCGGCCAAAACAACACCAACACAAUCUGUGUGGGGAAGGAGCAACCGACGAUACUCAGACUUGUUCGUAUUAAUACUCUCUAUCCCAAUGGUAAGUAGCAAGUAAAUACUGUUUUUUAUUUUACGUUUAAUAAUGCCAUACUGACAGGCAAUAAGCGAACUAAGCCAUACACGGCGGCCAACCCUUAGCACUUACGCAAAGGGGCUGAUAAAUAUAGACAGGAAGCAGACGAACAGAUGAUCAGAAUGAGCAUUCAAUACUCAUGAUCCAAUUGAUCAUCGAAAUUGAGCAACACAUUCUCUUAGCUACCGGUGUACCUGAAAACAAAGAAAGAGAAAAGAGGAAAAAAAACAUUAGUACGUAAAAUUUGAAAUUGUAAUCGUUUUAGUGGAAUCGAAAUCAAAUAACGAAUGAUUGUGUGCUCAUGACUGUAACGCAACUAGCAGCAGCACUAGCAGCAGCAGCAGCAGCAGCAACAAAAAGAACAAAAAAAAACACUAAAACUAAUUAAAAUGUCUUAGUCAAAAUCUAAACGAAAUCUACUUCAAUUCGAGCAAAUUAUCUAGCAUAUACAUACAUCAUCAUCAUGAUAACAUAUUUAGUAUGUCGAGUUGCCAGCCGUUACGUAGAACUGUUUGUCGCAGGAAAGCAGUCGGCACAGCAGGAUAUUUUGUUUUCAGCAACACAUUAGCCCUAUUUAGUGUUUAGCGCAAAACUUGAGCGAGCGUUAUUGAGUUUUGAAACAUGUUAAAACGUUUUAGUUGCAUCCAUACUAGGUUAGUUGCUUCGUUAAAGCAUUUAGGGAAAAGGCCUACAAUUGCUACUGUUAAUGGCAAUGGUGGAAUGUGCCACAAACAUUGAACACAUUGUUUCUUUGUUGGUUUUCUUAUGUACACGUACGCGUUUCUUUCGACCUUCGAGAGCUGUAUUGUACCGCCAGUAUUUAUUCCACGCCGGUGUUUUUUUGCAUUAUUUAUUAAUUUAUUUAUUUAUUUACGUCACCUAUGCGUAGUGAAUCGUUAUUGUUAAUCUGUAAGACCGCGUAUUUAUUCAUCGGAGCCAAUAAAUUAAGUAGAAGUGCUAAGUUAUUCACUGUCGUAGCGCAACAGCAAA